UGUAUGCACCAGUCAUGUCUUAGCAGGUUUCUUCUUGUCUAUUCCUCCUGACAUGGGAACAGAAACAGACCACUCAAAUAGUUGGAAUAACACAACACAGAUGACAACAUCACCUUAGUGCCAGGAAAACCCCAGAUGGCUCUUACACAAACUCAGGAGCAAACCUUUAGAGGGGAGAGGAUCAAUAAGGAAACUGGAGAGCUGAGUGCUUCGGGAGAGUUAACAGUCUCUGUGGAGUUGAAGUCAGAGAAAGUGGAGGGCUCUUGUAGCAACCCUCAACUCACACAAGUGCUCAAAGAACAACUGCAGGAGCUGAGAAUUCAAACAGCCUGUACCCCUGACCACAGAGCUGUUACUCUGGAGCAAAGAAAGGACCAUCUGCGGAAAGUCCUGCCUCUAUACAUACAGGCCUGUGAAGAUGGUGGCCGAUUUGAAGGUUUGGACAUCAAGGGGCUCGCAGCUCUCACUGCUGACACUGUCAUCAGCAUUGUCCACAAGAGACUGGCAGACAGACCUGCAGAGGAGGCCCGUGAAAAGGUGGUGCAGUUCUUCAAGAGGCCAGAUAAUGACACAAAUCAUGAAAUGAAAGAAAGUUUAGGAUGGCUGCUGUUAAAAUCUCUCUUGCUGCUUACAGCUGACAGCUCAGAUAUACUGUCAUGUAUAAAUCAAGAACUCCCUGGUGCUUUGAUGAAAUGUCUGUACCUUCUAGUGUGCCUUCCAUCUAAAAAGGAGAGCAUCAGAAUAGAAGAAACCUUUCAGGAAACAUUAACACAGGUUAUUCUUCAGCUGUGUAGGCUGCCAGUCAACGUGGAGAUACUGGUAGAGACUCAGGAACUGCAGUGUCUUAUUAUUGGUCUCACAUCAUUAUGGGAUCAGACCAGUGCCACCUGGAGGUAUCAAGCCUCCCGCAUCCUCAAAGCAGUCUCUGCUGUAGCAACAAGCAACACUGUCCCCAGCUUACUAGGCAAAAACUGUGUUCGCAUCUGCAUCCAGAACCUCUUGCACAUCACUGGUGAUGUCUCAGGAUCACUGCUAGCUGAGGUGGCUGUGGCUGUGUUUAGCUUCAUUAGAGACACCUAUCACCUCAGUCCAGCCCUCUUCAUCGAGUUUGACACAAACAAUGGUUACAAGGCCCUCGAGAAUAUCCUGAAACGCUGUGAGGAGGGCGUGUCCUUAGAGCAGUUUCAGCCUGUGGAGGAGUUACUGGCUCUCAUUGGGUCUUUCACUCUUCUUGGAAAAACUGAGCUGAAAGUGGCUCUUUGUGUCACCAACCCCCAACCUUCAGGCUUUAAAUUUGACCCUCCACUCACUAAAGGUUUGGCGGUGAAGAACCUUCGUGCCUUCCACUUGCUGCAGGCCUCCUUGAUUCAUUCUGAGGAUUCUCUGCUGGCCUGCCAGCUUCUUCGAACCUUACAGACAAUAUGGGAGAGAGACCCAGCCAAUUUUUUCCUUUUGGAGUGGACUGUUCAGUCAGUGGCCCAGCUGGCUACUUGUGUGUGGCGUAAACCAGCUCCCGUCCAGAAACUCUUCUUUUCCCUUGUAGAGAUGGUGAUAUUUAAGUUGAACUACAUCCCCCAUGAGACUUUGCGUGCACUGUUGAAUGUGUUGAAGCAGAGCUGGGCUGGGACUCUGGCCGGUGCGGUGGCAGGGAUAGAAUUUGGAGUGGUGGCUCUUAAGAGUUUUCACAAGAUGACUAUGCACAGUGCAAUGCUAUCCGAGGCACUAACUGCCUUGGGUCUGCUGGAGCUGCUGCUUGGAGAACUCCGCAGGAGAGCUAAAAUCCUGAGGAAGGCUGGAGUAGUCUCUUGUCCUAAAAUGGAUUCUCAGCAGCUGCCAUGUGUCGAGGACGGUGAGAAACUGCUCACUACUUGCAUGCUUCAAGUUGUGUCAGCCCUUACUCUGCGUUCAAUUAAAAACACAGUUUCAGUGCGAGACCUUGGUAUGAUUCCCUAUAUCAAGAUCUUCUUGGAUGUGGAUCAGUAUCGAGAGUCCACUUUGAGCAUUUUGGAGCAGCUAGCUGAGAUUAACCCAGAGGAAUUCAUGAGUACAGCCAUCGGAGCUCUCUGCUCCUCCACACAGCAGGAACUUGGAUUAAAGCAAGACCUUUUGCAGUCUUUGUUGAAGGUCUUGGAAAGCCCCAACAGUUGGGAUGCCUUCAGGAGGGCGGGAGGCUUCACUGGACUGUUGUCUCUGGUGACGGACAUGGAAGGAGCCCUAUCUAACCCUCCGCAGGGAGAAGUGUGGAAGUCACUGGGGCAUCAACCACUAGUUGACCACCUCCUCCUCACAUUGCACAUUUUGUCUGUGGUUGUGCAUCUUCACACUGCAAAUGCCCAUCAUUUUGAGACUGGUGGCUUUUAUGAAAAACUGGCAGAGGCUCUACUUCAGCUAGGCUGCUUCCAUGCUGAAGGCUCUGGGAGAGAGAAGUGGGUUGGUGAAAAGUGCUCCUGUCCCUGGACUGGAGAAGAAAACCAGGCUCCUGGAAAGAGCUUCUACCAGUUUGUUGAUUUGGCAGAAUCCCCUGUAUCUUCUGCCUCUCCCUCCACACCACAGCCCAAUCUGCCUCUCACUCUUCAGACAUGUAUAAGGCUGCUCUCCUUUCUCGACCAGUUUGCCACAGGAACAUACUCUCCUCAGAAGUUAAAUUUGGGACCAGAGCGAGAGGAUGGAUGUGAUGACGAUAAAAGGAAAUCAAAUGGAACAGCAGCACAUGAAGGAGUUUAUUCAGGAUCUCCUCCUGCCCACUUGGGAUCAGGCUCACAGUCCAUGGAGGACAAACAGGGAAGUUCCAGAAACAUGGUGCCCAGGAGUCCCUCAGUUUGCACGGACUCUCAGUACAGUAGGUUCAGUUGUGAUCCUGUUAUUCUUCACCCAGGAGCAAUCAGAGUUAUUAUGACUCUCCUUCCAUCGGUUUUUACUCACGAGGACCCACAGCUCUCAAUGGAAGUCCAACUCUCACUGGCACACCACAUCCAGGCAAUGGUCAAAUCUGAGCGAAACCGUCAGAUUAUGUGCGAGGGUGGGCUGGUCUCCAUCCUCCUGGCCCACUGUCAGAGCAUGUUGCUCACUCCUAACCACCCACUACAUCUACCUGUUACACGCAUUUUGGAGAAGCUCUCUUCCCAGUCCAUCACUCCUUCAGACUUCAGAAAAUUCCUGUGUUUGGGGGAUCCUCUCAUGUGUUUGGGAGACAAAACAGCCAAGCAAAUACAGUCAGAAUGUAACCCAGAAACCAACGGACCUGUAUCAAAUGGUCACAACACAGGGGUAAAGACAUUGAAGCGCAGCUUCAGUUUGUUGCAGUCUACAAACUCCAUUGGUUCAGCAAUCCCUGUCCACCAGAUCCUCAGUCUCGUGUCCAUGACUUCACCGCGGACCUUUAAACCACACAGACUCUCUUGCUCACCUGCUUUUGUAGAGUUUGACAUGAGUGAGAGUGGAUAUGGCUGUCUUUUCCUACCCUCUCUGGCCACAGUGAAAGGCGUGACUGCUGAUUCAGUCUCAACAGGUGGAAUUGGAGGAGACUGCAGAAGUUUUCCACCUGCAGCUGGUCUUUCAUUUACCUGCUGGUUCCAGAUCAACAGGUUCAGUUCAGCCUGCGAUUCCCACCCAAUCCGCUUACUGUCUGUGGUUCGCCACAUGUCCCGCACUGAACAACAGUACAUCUGUUUGUCCAUCUCCUUCUCAGCCUAUGACGGCUGUCUGGUAAUCUCUACAGAGGAGGAAGCAUUAACAUAUCUAGAUAUGAUGGAGCCGGAAGCUGAAGUUAGCAGUCCCACAUCUUUGCCUACGUCGCUGAGGUUCCGUUGCUCCAGUAUGCUGGUCCCAGGUCAGUGGCACCAUCUAGCUGUGGUCAUGGCCAAAGACUUGAAGAAGAGCUGUGUGACCUCGGCCUACUUCAAUGGCAAAGCAGUGGGGACAGGAAAGAUGAAGUAUAUUCAGCCAUUCCCUGGCCAAUAUGUCUCCAUGGACCCCUCAGCUGUGAUUGAUGUAUAUGGAGUAAUGGGGACACCUCCUCUCUGGAAGGAAUAUGCUGCUGUAGUGUGGCGAGUGGGUCCUUCUUACCUUUUCGAAGAAGCUUUGAGCUCUGAGGCAGUGGGUGCUAUAUACACACAAGGCACCGCAUACCUUGGCAACUUUCUGGCUUUGCGAAACACAAGCCAUGAUCGAGAUCAUGACUCUCUCCCUCUCAGACUUGUUCCUGAGGAGAGGAUCUCAUUUGGCAUUAACCCAGCAGUUUCCACAUUAACAACUGUUGUUCAGAUCAGAGAGGAUUACAACGAGGUGGAUUGCAGGCUGAUUGCUAAAGAGAUGGGGAUAACAUGUCGCGAUCAGUCCACCCCUGUGUUCCUUGCUCAAAACAUCAGCCAACACCUGAGUGGUACAGCUCGUACCAUAGGAGCAGCGCUGGUUGGACAUUUUGGUGUGCGUACGUUCACCCCUAGUUCGGCAUCUAAUGGUUUUCUGUACGUCGGUGGACCUGCUGUUGUUCUCAGUCUGGUUGCAAUGGCACCAGAUGAUAGCUCUUUGUAUGCAGCAGUUAAAGUCCUUCAUUCUGUUUUGGAGACCAACUCUGCCAUGCAGCAGGAAAUGAACCGCAUAAAUGGAUACAAGCUGCUAGCUUUCCUGCUGAAGAUGAAGAGCAGUCUGGUCAGCCACCGAACCUUUCAGUUGGUUCUGCAUCUCACAAAUUCAUUUGAGCCGGGCUAUGGAUCUGGUUGCCUACAGAAAACACCUGCUUUCCAAGCUCUGCUGUGUGACCUAGAUGUGUGGCAGAAUACUCCAGACAGUCUGCACCUUUCACUUCUGAACUACUUUGCUGAAAUCCUGAAUUCCUCAGGUGACAACGGGAAUGCAGCAGUCAUCCACAGCGUGGACAUGUUACCAAAGCUGCUAUUUGAGUUGUGUGACCCUGCUGUGACCAUUCAGAAGGUUGUGGUUAUUUCUCGUGUCAUCACAUCUCUCCUUAAGGUUUACUUGACUGCAACUGACAUAAGCAGACUUGGGCUUUUCCUGGUCUACACUCUUCCUCCUUCUAGUAAUGCACCAGAAAGCGGUGAAAUAUCUGAUGUUUCACAAGAUGUGCCAGCUCAGAGUACCGGCCCAGCCAGCCUCAUCUGGAUCCGCAACCAGAUGCUGCUUUUGCUUUGCGAAAUCCUUGAGUCAGACACCUUUUUAAACAAAGAUCAACAGAAGGUCUUAUUUGAUGCCUUGGGCAGUGAUUGGUUCCUGUUCUUCCUUCAGCCACACCUUCAUCCUUCCACAUUUAAACUGGGUCUCAUUCUCCUCACACACUUUCUGUCAAGUCCAAGCCAGCAGAGAAGCUUCAGAGAGGGAGUUCUUCCAGGAACACUCAUUGGGGGCAUGGAAGAACCGUUUGCUGUCAUGGACAAUCUUCAAGCCAAUUCUUGGUCUCACGAGUGCCUCAGUACCACGUGUUCUGGUUUUGAUGUACUGCGGGAGUUGCUGAUCAAACAGUCUCAUCUACCUCACGUGUAUGAAGCUCUGGCUGCUCUACUCCAGGGGAAGAAGACCAGUCACACUGCAAAGGGAAAUGUUCGUUUGGAUGAUAUCCUGCAGCCACUCAUUGACAACCAAGUGGAGACUCCUGCCCGGCCCCUCUGUGUUGAAGCUGGUUUUAUAAUGGUGGAAUUGGUCAAAGUUGUUGUCACUCAGCCCUUUUCGCCAUCGAAGUGCAAGUCAGUCACUGAUACAUCAUGGGAGUCACAGCUUCCAGCAAGCGUGAUGCAGUUUCUUUGUCUCAUUCAUAACCUCCGGCCAAGAGACCCACUGUGGGCAUCACCCACAAUCCUGCACGCGCUCGCUGGCGUUGUGUUCCCUCUGGAUAUUUCAGAGGGGGCCAGGAAGUGCAGCAUAGUGAGUGAAGGUGAGGAUACAGUCAAGAGUCAUCAAACCCAGAAACCAGUCCUUGAUUUCAUCCGUAUUCUUCUUAUGGACAGUCUUCUCAAUGUGUCUGCCAACACCAACGCUCAUCCUUUUGUUCUGCUACUGGAGUUUUCCCCUGAUGGCGCAUCAUUUGAACAGAGCCAGAGUUUUCAGAGUGAGUUGCUGGAGCUGGUCAUAAACAUCAUCUACAUGCUCAGCGAUGAGGAAGACAACAACACUCAUCUGAGUUCACAAGACUCCAGUAGCGAGAGGCCUGAAGGACGGAUGGUUACACUGAUGGAGAAUGUGGUGCUUUUCAGUCAGACUUUGCUACUGAAACUUUACAUCGGAACUUAUUUGGCAGACUGUGAGAUUUUGCUCAACUUCCUCGCAGAUCAGAUUGUGGUGGCUCUAGAGAAAGGCCAAAGUCAGAAAGAGAAGAUUGUGUCUGACCUCUACUCAUGCACCAAUAAAGUCCUCCUUUACUUCUUGUCUCAACCACGACAUUCCCAAGAAGAAAAGGAAGUGGUCAUCAAGGCAUUGCAGACCUUAAUGGAACGCUGGGAUGUUGUAAUGGCAACUUACAAUGGAAAUGCCAACUUUGUUACUUGCCUUCUUCACUGUUUGUUACUGAUACGUUCUGGCAGCUAUCCUGAAGGUUUUGGGUGUGUGGCACAAAAACUGAGCAGAAGUUCAUCCAGCCUGUCUCUUGCCAAAACUAAGCAAUCCAGUUCCCUCAGCAAUGGAGGAGAUGGUUUGACAGAUGAGAGCCAGCUAGUGUCCUUAGUGGAGGCCUGCUGGUCAAAGGUCAUAUUGGAGAGGCAACGCAUGCUUGAAGAAACCUAUAAGAUAGAGAUCUCAGCGAGCCACAAAGUGCAGACAGAGCCUGUCAGCAUGACUGACAUUAGUCCUCUUUGGGAGGAGAUGGCACGCAAAGCCUGGCUUCUACACACAGAGUAUCAGAAUAAGAAAGUGGCCAGCAGCUCUCAGAAGAAGUUUGACAUCAGCAGUGCUCUUCGCUCGGCUUUGGGAAAAUCAGUUCCAGAGUCAGUAACUGUAGAGGAGUUUUUGUCCAACAUGGAAUCGCAUCGACAGAGAGGCUACAACGUGUUGGAAAAAAUGAGGGCAAACCACUUACAGGUACGUGCCUCUGAGUGGGAGCAUUUGAGCUUCACGUGGCUGAAACUGGAGGCCGAGCUGCUGAGGGAAAGAGCCGUUUUCGGACCUGGCCCAGGAGUGCUGUUGAGCCAAGAUUGGGUGCAAGACGCUGCUGAAGGACGCAAUCGAACGAGAUCACGCAUUCGCAGAAAGACUCUGAGACAGUCCAAACGGGCGCUAGGAAUGCUGGGUAUAAGGCCGGACAUGUCCGAAGUUGGCAACAACAGAUCAGAAAGUGACGCGGAGCCUAAGCUCUUGUGUGAAGUUGCUGCUGAGGUUAAUGACGAGGAAGAGGAUGGAGGACAUUUAUGUGAUCGACUGACUUUUUUCCCUGCACUGAAAGACACACCUGUUAUCACCGAGGAUCUAUCCGACCCUUUAGCUCCUGUGCCCUGCUCCCUCACGCAAGACUGCCCGGACAUACGUGUCAUCCUGCAGGAGCUGCUCCCAGGAGAGGAGGUAAUCUCUAAGAUGUGUGUCGUGAUGGUGAGUGGCCUCAGAAUCACAGAGGGUUUGCUGCUGUUUGGGAAGGAGAGCCUGCUCUUGUGUGAGGGAUUCACCCUCAGCCCUGCUGGAGAUGUUUGUUGCAGGAAGCACCACCCCAGCAGUGUGAGGGAUUCCUUUAUUUCUACCAUGCUAAAUAAAGACCUGCCAGCAGCCAGUUGCAAAUGCUGGCUGUAUGAAGAUAUCAAGGAGGCACGCUUCAUGCGUUUCCUUUUAGAGGAUGAUGCUAUUGAGAUCUUCAUGAAAAACGGUCACUCAGCCUUCCUGGUAUUCCUGAAUAAAGACCAUGUCUCUGCUUAUAAAAGGUUGAGCAGAGUAGUGCCAGCCUUAAAGGGCAGAGGAGUUGCUGAGGUCAUUGCUAAUGCCAAAAAGACUCCUGUGGUUGAAAAGACGGCCCUUGUUAAAUGGCAGAAGGGGGAGAUAAGUAACUUUGAGUACUUGAUGCAUUUGAAUACGAUCGCUGGGAGGACAUACAAUGACUUGAUGCAGUAUCCGGUUUUCCCCUGGAUCAUUGCUGACUACAAGUCAGAGAUUCUUGAUUUGUCAAAUCCUGCAACGUUCCGGGAUUUGUCCAAGCCGAUGGGAGCUCAAACAGAGAAAAGGAAACAGAUGUUUAUCCAGAGAUACGAAGAAGUUGAAGGCAAAGAGAGUGAAGACCUGACAGCACAAUGCCACUACUGUACCCACUACUCCUCGGCCAUUAUUGUGGCAUCCUUCCUUGUCAGGAUGGAGCCAUUUUCCCACACCUUCCAGGCGCUACAGGGAGGGUUUGAUAUCCCAGAGCGGAUGUUUUACAGUAUAAACAAAGAGUGGGACUCUGCCUCAAGAGACAACAUGGGGGACGUCAGAGAGCUGAUCCCGGAGUUCUUCUACCUGCCAGACUUCCUGAUCAACUCUAACCAAAUCCAGCUAGGCUGUAUGGAGGAUGGCACAGCUCUGGGAGAUGUCGAGCUACCUCCAUGGGCAAAAGGUGACCCCCAGGAGUUCAUUAGAAUCCAUCGAGAGGCACUGGAAAGUGACUAUGUGAGCGCCAACCUACACCUGUGGAUCGAUCUGAUUUUUGGAUAUCGGCAACGAGGUCAAGCUGCAAUAGAAAGCGUGAACACGUUCCACCCUUACUUCUACCCCCAGAAACGCUGGCAGGACACUAAAGACCCUGUCAUCAAGAGCACAAUCUUGGGAUAUGUCAGCAACUUUGGACAAGUUCCCAAACAGCUCUUCAUCAAGCCCCAUCCGCCUCGCAGUGGCUCUAAGAAAGAAGGGUCAUCAACACAUCAGCCAACUCCAUUUUAUUUCAAACUGGAUAAGCUAAAGACCCCUGCGCAACCAUUCAGAGAGCUGUCAAGAGGCCCGGUAGGUCAGAUACUGUGCUUGGAAAAAGAGGUCUUGGUUCUGGAGAAAAACCAGCUCCUCCUGUCACCGCUACUGUGCUGCUUCUUCAGCUGGGGAUUUCCUGACAACAGUUGUGCCUUUGGAAACCAUGCCACAGAAAAGACGUUUGCAGUGUGUGAGAGUUUAUGUGACUGGGGAGACAUAUUGUGCGCCGCCUGUCCCAAUGUGACCACAGUCAUCACUGCAGGAACCAGCACUGUCGUUUGUGUGUGGGAUGUGGCAGUCACUAAGGAUAAACUCACUCACAUGAAACUCAAACAGCCGUUAUAUGGUCAUACGGAUGCAGUGGUGUGUCUCGCUGUGUCUGAGGUCCACAGCAUAAUAGUGAGCGGCUCUCAUGACCUCACCUGUAUCCUGUGGGACUUGGAAGAGCUAAGUUAUAUCACUCAGUUAGCAGGACACACAACCGUCGUCUCUGCACUGGCUAUCAAUGAUCUAACUGGAGAGAUUGUGUCAUGUGCUGGACCGCAACUCUACCUGUGGACCAUGAAGGGCCAGCUGUUGACCUGCACUGACACUUCCUGUGGGCCUCAGUCAAACAUCCUGUGCAUCAGCUUUACACAGAGACACGAGUGGGAUUCCAGGAAUGUCAUCAUCACAGGCUGUGAGGAUGGCGUUAUACGGAUAUGGAGGGCAGAGUACACCAGAACACAAUUACCUGGCCCUCCAGAAGAGCCUGUGUCCCCAGGGCAAGACCAAACAGAGAGAGACGUGAGCAACUCCAGCCAGGCUAAAGGCUGGGAGAGACAUCUGGUGUUACAUCAAGAGCUGAACAGAAGUCAAGCUGUGUCACAGUGGCGCUACAAAAAUAAUCCAGCCAUCACAGCGCUGGCUAUGUCCAGGACUCACGCUACUCUGUUGGCAGGCGAUGCCUGGGGCCAAGUUUUCACCUGGACGUGUGAGUGAAAACACAAUUUCUGCACGCCCUUUAUCCUCCCAGAGAGACUCUGAUGGGAAAUUCAUUAGUAUCUCAGGUCUGGCUGCAGCUGAGCAGCAGAAGUGCUGUAUGUCAGGUGUGUGUGUGUGUGUGUGUGUGUGUGUGUGUGUGUGUGUGUGUGUGUGUGUGUGUGUUUUCUCAGAAAACAGUGUUACAACAUUUGAUGCAUUUAGACGAAACAUGACUUUUACCUUCUACACAAAUAUUUAAUUUUGUAUUUUUCUGUGUGUAAAUACAGAAUUUCAGUAUAUUUGAAUAAAAUUAUUGAUAGACACUUGCC